UUCCUGCCUGGCGCUCAUCCAUGUAUAUGUAUAUAGAAUUUAACCCCCUCCACAUCGUAUGGUCAGACUGAAGAAGACAUAACCAACAAUCGUCUGAAUUCUGACUGACUCACUGAUAGUCCCAGGGGAAAAUUAGAGGUCACUACUCUAACAUAAGCUGCUUCCUGCUUGCUGCAAAGAUGCUUGACAUAAAGGCUUGGGCUGAGUAUGUUGUGGAGUGGGCUGCAAAGGACCCAUAUGGCUUCCUUACCACAGUUAUCUUGGCGCUCACACCACUGUUCCUAGCUAGUGCUGUACUGUCCUGGAAGUUGGCCAAGAUGAUUGAAGCCAGAGAGAAGGAGCAAAAGAAGAAACAAAAACGGCAAGAAAACAUCGCAAAAGCUAAACGACUAAAGAAGGAUUGAAGGGGCGCACAGACUGUAGCCAGAGAAAACCACUCUGGAAAACCUGCAGCUUUGGAAGGACUCUCACGAAAUUUCCAGGCUGUUCCUGAUAGUAUUAUUUAGUGAAUUAAUCUGACCGUACAGAAGAGUCAUGUUCUGACCUCAAUACUAUAGUAACUUUUAGGCUUGGAAAUAAAAGUUUGUUGGUAUCUACUGGCAAGUAUUUAAGUUAGCAUUUAUCAUACAGGUGGAGCAUACCUAAUGUGAAAAUUCAAAGCUCAGAAGCACUGUAAAACCUAACACCUGUGCUCAGACAUGAUGCCAAGAGCGGAAAAGCCCACAGCCCACUUCGGGAUGGGUUGCAGUCAAAAUACAGGUGCACUAAAAAUACAUCAAGUUAUCUUCAAGCCAUGAGAAAUAUAAGCGGACCUUGUGUUCAGAAUUGGAUCCCAUCCUCAAGGUAUUAUGAAAUACUUUAAAGUCUGGGAAAAAAUUAAAACACUCCAAGCCCCAAGCAUUUCUGUCUGUUCAACCUGUAGUAAAAAUUCUUUAAACUGACACUCAUUUGCCAUUUUGGAGCUUAAAGUAUUCAAGUGAAAAAUGAUGAGAAAAUGGUUUUAGAAUAUGGUAGUUUAAAUGGGGUUCAGUUCUAGACAGAGGAUAUUAGGAAUGUAAAAGAAUUAACCGGAAGUGAGGUUUACGUUGGCUGAAAAGAGAUACAGUAUAUUAAUCACUUUUUCAAAAUUGUUACUGCUUAUUUUUUUGGAAUGGAAGCAUUACUUUCUCAAAGGAAAAUUUUAUUAAUGAGUAUGGCUAUUUUCAUUCUUCUGACGUUAGCUUUUAACACAGCUAGUAAUUAUCAAGAUACUGCAUUGUAAAACAUAACUUUAUAUAGGAUUCUUAUUGCCUUGACCAUGUUCAAUACCAUGUACUGGAUAGAAUAGGUUUUGUACUUUGAACACUGCCAUUUGCUUCAAUGUGUUGCAGAGUAACAUGCUGUAGAGCCAGCAGUGCAGAUGCCUUGUGCUGGUGACACCUUGGGUUCUGUUUUAAAUGUAAACUUGUUAAAUGUCACCGGAUAAUUAGCUGAUUACAUAGACACUACUUUUGUUUUUAUUGUUUAUAACCAAUAUAGUAGUGAUGUCCUGUUACUCUUUACUUAAUAUAGGUUCAAAGUAAAAAUCAGAAUUUCAAAUUUAUGAAGUCAGACUUCAUAAUUUAAGCCAGUAAGGGUUUAAAUUUGGGAACAUGAUUUCAUGGGUAUAACAGUGGUUGCAGGGACUGCAAUAAAAUGGCAGUACAAGCUGGGCACCUUCCAGUGAGUGGUAAUACACACAUGAGAAAUUAAUCAUGGCUUUUCUAAAUGCAUUGUCGAGCAACAUUCACUGCAGUAUUGAAGUGCUUAUUACUGUUUUCUGCAUCUCUGAUAAUUUUAAGUUAGAAUAAUUGUUAAGUCUUAAUAAAAAUGAAACUAAAUAUUG